AUGGAGUGUGCCUCAAGCGAUGUAAACAGUUUGAGCAACACUCACUUGCAAGAGACGCAACAAACAGAGGAUAAACCGCGCUCGACAAUUCUUAAUCUUGAUUUGCUCGAUUGCCCUAUUUGCGUUGAGCCAUUCACAAUUCCUAUCUUCCAGUGUGACAAUGGACAUUUAGCUUGCGCUUCUUGCUGUCCCAAACUGAUGAAUAAGUGUCCUGCAUGUGCAUUACCCAUUGGUAACUUUCGCUGCAGAGCAAUGGAGAAUGUUCUUGAAUCCAUCUCUGUCCCAUGCCCAAACGCCAAGUUAGGUUGCACCAAGAAUAUCACUUACGGGACAGAAUCAACUCAUGUAAAAGAGUGUCCCUUGUCUCUUUGCAUGUGCCCUGUACCGAAGUGCGAUUACCAAGGCACAUACAAUGAUCUAUACGGUCACUUGGAUAGUCACAUUCUCGACAACAUUGGAAAAUAUUAUUUCCCGUUUGCUCUUGGCAAGGUUUUAGGAGUAUACGUUGACCUCAAUGAGACAGCUUUAACGGUUAUGAAAGGAAAUAAGGAAGGUCUAUUGUUUGCUGUUCAUUGUGUAAGUAAGGCUAAUGGUGUUUAUGUGACUGUUGGUUAUAUUGCUCCUUGUUCGAUGGAUGUUGGUGAGUUCUCCUGUGAUAUAUCGACUACGGUUGAACAACGCACCAUUGCAUUCAAGUCUAUGAAGGUCAAGAACAUUCAAAAGCUGAGUUCUAAAAUCCCUAGAGAGGAUUUUAUGUUGGUUCCUUCUUAUUUCAUGUCUGGACGUCGAUGGUUCAUGUUGAAGAUAUGUGUCACCAAGUUGAACCAAUAG